AGCACUCACUUGUUACAUUAUUGCGGCGCUGCAGACUCAUCAAUAACUCAGAGCUAUAUGAUAAAGAUGCCAAGGUCGUUUCUGGUGAAGAAACAUCUCACUAAUAAGAAGCCAAACUAUGGAAUUCUGGAUUCAAAAGCAGACGAUCUCUACACCAGCCUGGUCCAGCCUGAGGUAGCCUGUUACAUCCCCAGCACUCCUCAGCCCCUGGAGGGUUGGCUGCCAGGGCCAAGUCUCAUCCCCACACCAGCCUCCAUGCACUUUCCACAGGUAGACAGGCUGCCUUCAAGGGACACCAGCUUGUCACUGCAUAGCUCAACACAGGAAAUCCUCUACCCCCUGUCAGUGUCUCACAACAAUCUGCUAAGAGACUCACACUCUGGACUUGAGCCCCUGGGAACCAUGGAACCCCAGACCUUCCUGCUCUCACAGGACUUCAGACACCUGGAGGAGAGGGGCAGCAUGCCUAAUCCCCUCAUGGGCCUUGUUCACUCUAGUGUUAGUCAGGAGCGCUUUGAAUGCUUCGACUGCCACAAAGCCUACUUCACCUUCUCUGGGCUGGCCAAGCACAGGCAGUUGCACUGUGAGUGGCAGUGUCACAAGUACUUCAGCUGCAAGUACUGUGACAAGGAGUACGUGAGUCUGGGAGCUCUGAAGAUGCACAUCCGAACACACACACUGCCCUGCGUCUGCAAGCUCUGUGGGAAGGCCUUCUCCAGGCCUUGGCUGCUCCAGGGACACAUUCGCACACAUACAGGUGAGAAGCCCUUCUCCUGCCCACACUGCAGCCGGGCGUUUGCUGACCGCUCCAACCUCCGAGCACACCUGCAGACACACUCUGACAUCAAGAAAUACCAGUGCAAGAGCUGCUCCAAAACCUUCUCCAGGAUAUCUCUGCUCUCCAAGCAUGAAGAGUCUGGCUGCUGCCCACAGUCCUGAUGCCAUUUACUGCCUGUGCUGCCCACUCUGAACCUGUUGCCUACUUGCCUAGGCUACGCCUGGUUCUACUAACAUCAGACUGCUGUGCCCUCACAACGCACUGGAGAAAGACUGCUAUUAGUGACACGGAGCUCUGACUACUGUAUGUUUUUGGUCUCUGACAUUUCAAGCUCAUGAAAUAAGCACAAUGGACUGUGUCCAAAGACGUUCUUAUGUCAUAUAUUUGAUAUAUGAAGUAGUUGUUUGACAAAAAAAAGAGAAAAGUUAUCGCAUGCUGCAAAAAAUACUUGAAAUUUAAAAGCCUUGAAGUUUUUGAUUGUGUUAUUGAUGAUUACCUGUGCCUUUUGAGGAAAUGUAUAGCGGGAGUAUACAAUUUUGUAUGAACUUUGUUUGUUUAAAAACAAUAAAUACCUACUUUUGUACAAUAUGCCUAAAUAUGAAAACAUGCAUCAUCAUGGGAGACAUGAACCACUGAGAUGAAAGCACAAGCCCUUGUCUAAGUGAAGAAAUAUUGAAGAAACUCACUUUUCUAAAAAUCAAAACAAAGACUGAGUGACUGCUGAAGAGUGCACAAGUAGAGUAUUAGAACUAAAUGCUAGCGCUUUCCUAUCAGUGACCCGGCACGUUCCUACUUUCGACCAUUUCUUGGCAUUGUGAGAUCACUGGCAUACUGUAAAUAUCCUCAUGGGCACACAGGAAAUGAGAAUAAAGCGAUUAGGAUAAACAGAAAACAGAUAGUGUGGGUGACACCCCUAUCCCCAGGCAGGGUCUCUCAGGGGUCUCUGAGACGGGAGCAUUUAAAUCACAGUCCCCCAUUUUUCCUCAGCUAAUUCAUGUCAUUUUGGACGGCAGCUGCUGAAGGUGGAUAUUUUAAGAGUCUAAAUAAAACCGUGAUGUUUCCCAUUUGUAACGGUGCAUGGAAAAUUCUUAUUAAAUAUAUCGGUUUAUUGGCAGGUGGAGGGAGGCCAGCUGCAUGCCGCUGUGGCGCCAUGCCAAGCCUUGCGGGAGGGGAGACGGUGGGGGCUUGGUCGACUCUUUCCAGUUGCUCAGCACACGUGGAGCAGCUGAGUGGAGAGAGCUCCCUAAACACAUGGCCAGUCACUGCCGGCCGGGAGAAACGCUGCUUUUCUUCAGCAGAAUCCAAAACAUGUCUGGCAUGUCCCAAGGCACUCCAAACACGCGCAGGUUGGUGCAACUUGGCUGUCUGUUAGAUGAUUUGUAGAGUAGAAGGAUGAAUGGGGAUUGGGUGCUGUGUUGGCACUGGCUGGCAAUUAAAUGUUUGUCAACUGUUUUACUUGUACACUGUUUCAAAUAUUCGGCCACGGCAGCAAUAGCCAGCUGUGUACAGUAGCUGCAACUGGAGAUGGUC